GAGGAGGAGGAGGAGGAGGAUUCCUCGAGGGCGAGUCGGAUCCACUACCUCGAGGCCCAGGUGGAGGCCCUCUCGGAGGCGCGGAGGAACCUGGAGACGGAGGUGGUGCGUCUGCGGGCCGAGCAAGGGGACGCCCUGGCCAGGCUGCGGGACAGGGAGGAAGGCCGCGCGGGGAACAUCCUCAACCUCGAGACGGAGGCCGCGUCGCUGAGGCAGGCCAAGGCCGCGCUCGAGGAGGAGGUCGGGAGGCUGAAGGCAGAGGGCCACAGGGGGCAGGAGCAGCGGGAGAGGUUGGAGGAGGAGGCUAGGGGUCUGAGGAGCGAGGGACUGGCGGCGCGGGAGGAGAAGGAGAGGCUGGCGGCGCAGCUCGACACCCUGACCAGGCAGCUCGACCUGGAGGCGGUGACCCACAAGGACGAGCGCGAGGGCCUGGAGGAGAGGCAGCGCUUCCUCGAGGAGAACCUCCGCACCCUGGAGGACGAGCUGGGACACCUCAGGGCCUCGGAGGGACUCAACGCCCACGAGCGGCAGUCCCUCGGCCAGCAGCUGCUCCUCCAGUACCGCGCCGUCGAGGAGCGGAACGAGCGGAUCUCCAGGCUCGAGGGGGACCUCCGCGACAUGGCCCUCAAGCAGGCCGUCCUCCAGGCCCCCGAAAGGACCCUGGAGGAACUGAGGACGCAGCUGGAGGAGCGAGAGAAGGAGCUGAACGCGGCCAAGUCCCAGAUCAUAUUCAGGGACGACAAAGUGGACGAACUGAAUCAAAGUCGCUCAGAACUCGAGGCCAAAGUGACCGAACUGAAGAAGAAUUUGGCCGAACGCGACGGAAACCUCUCAGGACUCGAGGCCAAGACGACGGAACUGGAGAAGAUUUUGGCCGAACGCGACGGGAAAUUACAAGAAAUGGAACAGGAAACGAAGAAACGAGACGAGGAAGUUAGUGAACUGAGGCGGAAUUUGUGCGAAAGGGGCGAAAAGGCGGGUGAGAUGGCACGAGAGAAAAUACAGGUUGCAAAGGAGAGAGAAGAAAUGGAGAGGAAGAGAGAAGAGGGAGAGAGGAUGAGGGAAGAAUUGGAGAGAAAGGUUGGAGAAAUGGAACAGAAGAUAGAAGAGGGAGAGAGGAUAAAAGAGGAUUUGGAAAGGAAUAGAGAACAGCUGGAACACAGCGAAACCGAGUUAUUCCAACUGCGGGAGAAAAUGGAAGACCUGAUAAACGAGAGUAAGAGGAGAGAGGAAGAGGAGAAGAGGAGGAGAGAGGAAGAGGACAAGAAGAAGACGGAAGAGAGGGAGACCUGGAAUAAAGAGAAGGAGGCGCUCGAAAGGGAAAAGGAGAGCCUCGCGCAGGAGAUAGCGAGGGCGAAAAUGAGAGAAUCGGAGAGAGAGAAACAGGACGACAGCACAGUCCAGCAAAGGAGGGAAGAGGAGGAGAGAGAAGAAGAGGAGAGAACCAGGAUGAAGCAACAGAUUGAAUGCUUUAGAGGAGAGAGAGAAGAGAUGAUAAAGGCACUGAAACAGAAACACGAGGAGAGCUUAGCUUAUCACGCAGAGGUGCAGAGACUCUCGACAGUGUUGGUGCAGAUGAACGAACACACUAAGGAAUUCGAAAGAGCGAAGAAAGAAGAAGAGGAGAAAAUGAAGACGGAAUUGGAGAAAACAAAGAGAGAAGAGGAGAGAGCGAAGAUGGAAUUGGAGAAAGCGAAGAGAGAGGAGGAGAGAGCGAAGAAGGAGGAAGAGAGAGCGAGGAGAGAUCAAGGCGAAUGGGAGAAGGGCCAGAGGGCAAUAAAGGAGGAGAGAGACCAACUGCGAUUGGCCAAUGCACAGUUUAAUAACCAGUAUCAGGAACAAAGCAAGGAGCUUGGCCAACUCCGCGAGCGCGAGACCCGACUGGCCGGCGAAUGCGAGCGGCUGAGGCAACACCUGAUCAACGUGGAAGAGGCGUACACGCAAGAGAUAGUGAAAGGGGAGGAGAGGGAGACCACGCUAAAGAAGGCGCUGAGCAAAAUGGAAGAGAGGAUGGCGACCGUGGCGGCCAGUCAGAGGUCGUCCUCCCACACGGAGGCCGUCGUGGAGCAGCUGCGAGAGAUGACGAGCCAGAGGGACGACGCUGUGCUGAGGUUGCACGACGCGGAGGAGACGGCGCAGCAGAGCCAGCAGUCUCUUGCGACGUUGCAGAAGGUUCUCGAGGACUUCCAGAGGCGUCAGUCGAGGGAAAUCCUGGACGCGACCGACAGGCAGGCCAGGGCGCUGCAGGAAGAGAAGCAGAGGAGCCUAGGACUCGAGGAGGAGAUCAGGGUGCUCAAGACGCAACUCCAGGAAGCGCAGAACGGACUGGACGCGGCCUCGCGGCUCGGGGAGCAGUUGAACCGCAAGGAGAGCGUCAUUGCGUCCCUUAGGGCCCAGGUGUCCAGCCAGGAGGAGGUGGUACGUCGAGCCCAGGGCGAGAUGCUGGCACUCAAGUCGUCCUCGGAUAAUAAAGUUGAUAA